AUGAAAUUGCUUGUUAUUGUCAUUGUUAACUGUUUACAAAUCUGUAUAUUUCUUCCCUUGCAAAAAAUAUAUCAGCAAGAUUAUAUCGACAUUGUAAGAGAGUUGUUGGCAGAAGGCUUUACAGCCGUCAAAUUCUUUGAAAAGAUCGAUUUUACCUAUGCAAUGAAGGCAGACGCGGAAGAAGCUUUACGUCAAUCCCUGGCUUGUCUUUCCACCGAAAAUGACAAUGCAGACAAUUUGGCACAAUCUUUAUUGGCUGUUCUUGACGUCCAUCUCAAUGCGAGACGCACGCAAGAUUUCUGGACUUCUCUUCGUAUUCAAGAAGAAAAAGAUAGAACUCGUAUAAAUGAAGAAUUGUUGGUCGAGAAAAAGAAACAAAAAUCUAUUCACAUACGGUCAAAUGUUAUCGAUGAGCACCUUCGCGCAAGCGAUGAAUUAACCAUCGAAUUUAUUAGGAAAACUUCUAAAUACGAUGAAGCAAAUGUAACCGGAUACGGCAUGCCAGAACAACAUAUGCCGUCAGAUGACGAAGAAAACGAGAGUUCACAAUAUAGCAUUUCCAGGAAAUCAAAGAGAGCACGUACUUCAUAA